GUUUACAGAUAAAGGAAAACAAACAUGGCGACUGACACAAAUUGGAAAAGAGAUCUACUGAACCAAAUUCAGCGUCGAAAUCGUAAACAGUCAUAUCCCUUUAUCCAUUUGAUUCAAACAAAUAACAAGUUACAAGAGAUAGCGUCUUCGCUUCAUUUAAAAAAUGUCCAGCUACAAGUUGAGAUUGAAAGAUUGAAAGAAGAAUCAAUAAGCUCCCAUGUCAGGGGAGACGGAGUAGUAAGUAUUGCCACCACUCAUCAGUUAGAACAGAAGUUGUUUAAACUUCAGGAAGAACUGACAGAAAUGCACAAAAAAAGGGGAGAGAAUGCUCAACAAAUUAUUGACUUGAAUGCCUUAUUACAAGAGAAGGAAAAAGAAAUACAACACAAAGAUACCAUGAUCUCAAGUAUGGUUGAAACCAACGUAACACUUAAACAGUCCAAAAAAGCUUUAGAAUUCUCUAUAGCUGAACUAGAAGCCACUAAUCAAAUGUUGAAAGAUGAGCAUCAGGCUCUACAAAUGGCCUUCACAGCCUUAGAAGAACGCUACAGGAAAACCCAAGAGGACAAUAGUGAUCUUAUACAGCGUUGGAUGGAACAGAAGGCCAAAGAUGCUGACAGAAUGAAUGCUGAGAAUGCUGAUUUCAUCAAAGCUAGACAGCAAAGAUUAGCCAAAGAUUUAGAAGAAGCAGCUAAAGAACAGGUUCCUGUUGACUUAGAUAAAGGGCCUGUGGAUGGUUACAUUCCUGCUGUAUGUGUGAUGGCUUCAGUGCCUUCAAGAGCUCAGUGUGUGUUUGAUGCCCAUGAAGGCGAGGUCUACUCUGUCCAGUGGAAUGCCAUGGGCAGCUUUUUUGCAUCUGGUGGUGCUGACAGAAAGAUUAAGUUAUGGGAAUACCAUAAUGGUGUGUGUGAAUCAAGAGGAACUCUAGUUGGCAGCAAUGCUGGUAUCACAUCCUUGGACUAUAGUCAAGAUGAUUCAAUGUUACUUGGUGCCUCCAAUGACUUUGCUAGUAGAAUAUGGACAGUUGUUGAUCAAAGAUUGCGGCACACCUUGACUGGACACAGUGGCAAAGUGUUGUCAGCCAAGUUUCUGACUGAAGGCAAAGUGGUGUCUGGCAGCCAUGACAGGACACUUAAAAUAUGGGAUCUAGUCAGCAAAUCUUGUGUAAAAACUAUAUUUGCUGGGAGCAGCUGUAAUGAUCUUGUCACACUCUAUGGUGCCAGUAUUAUAAGUGGGCAUUUUGACAAAAGAAUCAGAUUCUGGGACACCAGGGGUCCUGCAGACAGUAGCAUCAACGAGAUUCUUCUUCAGGGCAGGCUGACCUCCUUAGCUUUAGCUUCAGAUAAGAAUCAACUCCUCUGCUGUACUAGAGAUGAUUGUUUAAAAAUUAUAGACCUGAGAAUGAACCAAGUGUCCUGUACAUUAACUGCAGAUGGAUUCAAGGUUGGCUGUGAUUGGUCCAGAGCGGUAUUUAGUCCAGACAGAGAAUAUGCUGCUGCUGGUUCAGGAGAUGGUCAUUUGUUUGUGUGGAAUGUAAGCAAAGCCAAAGUGGAAAAAAUAUUAAAAGAACACAGUCAUGCAGUGGUAGCCUGUUCCUGGAAUCCAUCCGGUGUGUCUUUAGUUAGCUGUGAGAAAGGGAAAAAAGUUGUUUUGUGGUCUGACUUUUGAUCAGAUGAGUCUAUCCAAUAGAAGUAAAUACCUGUGAUAGCUAAGUAUGAUAUGGUCUGCUUGUGUAGGAUGAGGCCCAUAUGUCAUCUUUGCUGUGCCAAGUAAUCUUGCUUUAAGUUUCCAAAGUUACCAGUCAGUGACUCUCAAACUUUUUAACAAAUAUUUUUGUUAUUGUUGUUUUAAUUGUUUUUUAUUAUUUAUGAAUCUUUUUAAACAAAUAUUGUACUUCCAACCUUUUAUUUCAUUCUUUGAUUCUUUGUCACAUAUGACUGGCAGAUAUUUUAAAGUUCUGCGGAAGGUUGCACAAAUAUGCAUAUACUUAAAGUAUCUGUAUUUCUAUCCUUAAAAUUCUUCCCAUCAUAUUUCAACAUAAUUAUAAAACAACGAAUAGUCAUUGAAGUAUUUGAAUUGAAAUCUUGUGUUUGAAAAAAAAAAGAUUUCAUUGAAGAAGACUUAAGAAAACAGCUUAGAAAUAGUCUGAUCAAACAGCUUAGAAAUAGUCUGAACAAACAGCUUAGAAAUAGUCUGAACAAACAUUCCAGUGAAUCAUGAGGAAUGCUAGUUAAAUAUUUAGUUUGUUCCUUUGUCAUUUUCUUUGUAAGUUUGUGUACAAUAGUUUUAACAAACAUUUAGAUCUAUUUAUUUGCUCAAUAUGGUCUUAUUAUAGCCUGUUUAUAAUUAUACAAAUGAUUGCUUAGUGCUACACACUUAUUUCAUUGUAUAUACAAGUGCAUAUACAAUAAGCUAGGCAAGAAGAUGACCUUUUUUUUUUUUGUCUUUACUCCUGGUACUUGACAUUGCAAGAUUCUUUUAGCUUGGCUUGUCAUCUCUGCCUUUGGUCCCUUCUGGGGCUUAGGCCACCAACCAGCUUCCUCCAGGCAUUUCGGUUCUGGGCUAGUCUCUCCAACUAUCCCCACGUCCUGCCCAUCUGCUUGGCAUCUGCUUCCAAAUUGCGGUGUCAUGUAUUCCUGGGCUGUCCAUUCUUUCUUUUUUCUUUGGGAGUUCCAGGUUAGGGCUUGCUUGUUAUGUUGGAUGCUGGCUUAGAACCUAUCCAUCUCUAGCGUCUCUAAAGGAUAUCUACUUCAAUGGGCUGCUGCUUUCUUCUUUGCCACAGUUCCUCAUUCGAGAUCUUGCAUGGCCAGCAGAUCAGAAGAAUUUGCCUCAUGCAGGUAUUGAUGAAUACCUGGAUUUUUUCAGGCCGGUGAUGGUGGCUCUCCGGGUCUCUGCUCCAUAAAGUAGUAUCGGCUUAACAAUGAUGUUAAGUCAUCUCUCAUUAUAAUGAGUACGCAGCAGGCACAAAUAGCUACCUAGACAUUUUAUUUACAGAUAAGAAAACAAAUAGAUCAGUCAGAAAUCAAGAUUAAAGAUAGCUCCAGGCAAUGUUGUACCUAAAGCUCAGAUGUCAUGUAUAAAUCACGUUAAUAUAGAUUUGUGGUUUUAAACGCUGAAGAAUGGAUAAUGCUAUCAACAGCUUUCUUUUUUUUUGUUUUACACAAACAUAACGGCUGUAUGUUAUUCAAACAUAACGGCUGUAUGUUAUUCUAUUGAAAGUAUUAUGAAUUGUUUGUUAAUGUAACUGUUGACUUGAGUGAGAUUAAAAUAAUAGCAAAGAGACAUCACUAUCUUCAAUAUCAGAAAUACACUAGAUGUCUCGCCCCUAGAAUUAUUGUUGACUUUAGUAUCUUCUGUUUUAUUGUGUAUCAAGACCAUUAGCCUCAGAUACCUGAUGAUGACUGAAUCAUAUUUUUUAAUGCUGAAUGUUGUGUGUUAUGAGAGUGCCAAUGUUGAAUUUUAUUUUAUGUUGUUUUUUUUAAAUUUUAACUUAACUUUUGUUACGACGACUUCAUCAUUCAUUUUUUUUUUACUUUGUUGUUAUUUUUUUUAACUUCCUAAUGGUAUAUUUUGAUUUCAAUACGUAUUUUCAUAAAAAGUAAACAGUAUUUCUGUUACUUGCAACACAGAUUGUUUAACUCAUUGAAAGGCAUUUUGAAUCAAACCAGGCUCUGUUGCACUUUCACCCUUCUUUCUACUUCUAUUGUGUAUGCCAUCUGCAAUCCAGGACUUACUUUCCAUGCGGAUCUUUCCAGUGCCUCUUUUUCCCAACUGUUAGUGUCGAUUUUUGAAGAGCUUCAUGUCGUGUUUGCGUACAUCAGUCUACCUUAAAAGUCUACAUAUAAGAGCUCCACUUUUAGUAGAGCCAUGAUAUAGUAGAAGCUUGUGUGACUAGCUCAACCCUUUUCUUGUAAUCAUUGUCAAUACUGAUCAUCAAUACAUCUGUGUUGCUAGAGGACCCUUUAGUUCACAUAGGUGGUGAAGAAAGGUGUUCUAUUCAAAUCUUGUGGUUAACAUCUGUUGGUGCUGAAACCUUUUUAACCGUUUGGUGUAGUACCAUUUCUUGGUGGUAAGUCGUUGGAUGGACAUAACAAAAGUAGUUAGAGUAUAACUUGUUUGCAUAUCACCAUGAAGUCAAAACAUAUUAAGCUGUACAUCAAAUACCAGGCAGUAUUUAUUUUCUUAUGUUUGUGAAACAUUAUGUAAUGGAGUCUUAUCAUAUUGAAUUUACUGAUGCUUUGCUGUUUUUUUUUUGCUUUCUGUGUUUUGUUCCGUUUAUAGUUCUUGGUUUAAUUUGAUUUUUAUUAAGUCUUUGAAUUGUUGAUGGGUGCAUGUAUCAUAUAAGAUGAAUUAGUAUGAGUCCUUAUUAAAACUUAUGUUUGUGAUAAUAUUCUCAUAUGUUGUUAUGUAUGUCAUUUGUUAUAUUAACAUUUCAUUCCAAUUUAUUGUCGCCCUGGUUUAAAUAUAAAGAUUUAUUGUGUAUCGGUAAUACUUCUAUCUAUUCUCACUGUUUACAGGGCCGACCCUAGCAUUUGUGGGGCCCUAUGCGAAACGGAUCGCGCGGGGCCUAGUCUGGGUAGGGAUAAGCAUAAUGUCAAAAUUAUUUUUUUUUGAAUGAGAAAAUAGGCCUACUUUCGUCUUUGCAAUAAAUUUUUAUCAAAUGAAAGCUCGCAAUGCCACUUUUUUAUUUAUUGGCACCCCAAAAUGUCAAUUUCGUCUAUUUGAAUAAAUAAAAAGUUCACCACUUUAUCGUAUAUUUUGCCUUUUCAUGAGAUUUCCUGGAGGCCCUGGAAAAUCAGGAUGUCGCGAAAACCCUGUUAAUUUGUAUCCGUUAUAAUGGUUUAAUUUAAUAAUGUACACUUAGAAUAAGCGCGGGGCCCACUGCAACCGCAUAGACUGCAGUGGCCUAAGGCUGGCCCUGACUGUUUAUGUUUGUUUUACAAUAUAUUAUUAUUAUUUAUAUUAUUAUUCUGUUACAUGAACAUGGUUGCUACAAAUAGGUUUGUUAUCCAUCCACUUCCUGCCUUUUCUGUCCACUCAACUCUAUUCUUGUUUUUUUUAUAGGCACCUACAUUUUUCUUGGGGGGACGUAAAAAUGUUUGGACAUUGUACUGGUCUCCUAUCACCCUCAUUAAAAGUUGAUUUCAGAAACACUUGCCUUAUAGAUAUGAAGGUUUGAUAAGGUUACUUACACUGUCAUGCCCACACUAACAUGUAGGCUAAGUAAUUGUAGGAAGAUCAACUCUCAUUCAUUUAGCAUGAAGGGACAUUCAAGGUUUUUUUUUAUGUCCAAACUAAGUUUUUAAUUUAACUACUUUUUGCUGUAGUCUCUAAAGUAACAACAUAUCCUACUGCAUAGUCUGUAGUAACUUUUCAAUAAACCAAUUUCAGCAUUUGAAUAACUGAAUUGCCAGGUAGAAUGCCUGCUUUUAUGUCUUUUUUUUUUUUUUUGAAAAGGGUAAAUGAAACUUUGGUUCUCAUUUGUUUUGUCGUGUUUGUGACAUAAAUGUGCAAUAUUUUUUUUAUGCUUUCUUUUUAGACACUGAAAUAAAUUAUUGCCAAUUUCA